AUGAGUGAUUUAAUGUCUCUACAUUAAUUAGCCUAGUUACAAAAGAAUUUUAUGAAAAGAAAAAUCCUGAUCAACUUAGAAUAAACCAAAUACAAAGUAAUUGAGGAAGCAGUUCAGCUGUUAGAAUGGAAGGUCACACCUUCAGAGAUUGAAUGCCAUAUCUUUUGGAAAGAUACGUAUGUAACUGAUGAAGAAUAUCGUCGUUUAUUGCCAUACUAGAGAAUUAAUCAUUUUCCAGGAUCCUACAUGCUCGGAAAAAAGAAUGAACUUUGUCGUAAUUUAAAUAAGAUGCGUAAAAUGUUUCCUGAGGAUUACGAUUUCUUCCCAAGAACAUGGCAAUUGCCUUAUUAAAGUGAAGAGGUCAGAUAAAAAUAAGGAACAGGAAUUUUUAUUGUUAAGCCAGAAGCAAAUUGUUAAGGCCGAGGAAUAUUUCUAACAAAAAAACUGGAUCCCUUUCUAGAUAAGCACUAUGUCGUAUAAGAAUAUCUUUGCAAUCCAUACUUAAUUGACGGCUUGAAAUUUGAUCUGAGAAUCUACGUCCUCCUUAAGUCAAUCUAUCCAUUGAAGGUAUUUAUGUAUUAGGAAGGUCUCGCGAGGUUUUCAACCAAAAAAUAUGUAAAGCCUUAAAAGAAAAAUCUAGGCAGUGUUACAAUGCAUCUAACCAAUUAUGCUAUCAACAAAAGAAGCAAGGAUUUUGUAUUCAAUGAUGACACCAACAAAGAUGACGUUGGUCAUAAGCGAUCAUUUACUUCUGUUCUUAAAUAUUUGCAAGAUCAAGGUCAUGAUGUAAAAUAAUUACUCAAUCAAAUCAAAUAGGUGAUAGUUAAGACUAUUUAAAGUGUUUAAGGAGAAUUGUCUCAUCUCUAUAGAUCAUAAUAACAUAAUAAUGAUGGCAUCGAACAAUGUUUUGAAUUAUUUGGAUUCGAUAUUCUCUUAGAUUCCUCCCUUAAACCUUGGCUCCUUCAAGUCAAUCAUACUCCUUCAUUUUCUACAGACACUCCCUUAGAUAAGAUCAUCAAAAAAAAUCUGAUUAUGGAUACCUUAAUACUGCUGGAUGUCAAAAACAAACCCAAAAAGAUAUACUUAGAGCAAAAAAGGGCUCCAGUGUAUUAAAGGCCCAUGAAAAUGAGUUAGGAAGAAAAAGAAAAAAAGUCUUCCAAAAUGAGCCUCAUUGAAGACAAACAUUUAAAUGGAUACAUCAAAAUAUAUCCUGAUGAAAAUAAAGAUUAUUAUGAAUAAUUUAUGCCUCCAAAACCUAAAGAGAGAGACAGCAUGAUUAAUUAGUAGUUGGACUAAGUUAAAAAUUUAGAGAAAACACUAAAAAUCUAGGUUGAAAUUAAACCUCCUAAAUUAAAACCUGCCAAAAGAUUAUCAACGAACUAAUCUUUCACUGAAUUGGAAGGGUAAUCUCUUUAGCAGUUAACAGGAAGAAAUACUGUAAUUCCUCAGGCUAGAACUACUUCUUAAUAGCGUCCUUUUAGUAGCAUUACAGCUAUAAAUAGACCUAUAAGUGCUAUUAGAAAGACUGUCUUUCCUAAUCAACAUUAAAAUUUAAAUACAUCCUAAAAUUAAAAAAGAUUAGUUUAUCCACCUCCUUCUGAACUUCCUCCAAAACCUAUUUAUAAAAUGAUACCUAUUAAAACAUUUAGCUUCCAGAAAAUUGAAAAUAAUCAGAAAAAUGAAUGA